CUUCAAGGCAUAUUUCUCCUCGUCCGUUCAUACUUCGUUGACCACCGCCGAUUCAUUCGUUCCAUAUCGUUUCGCAGCAGUCCUGAAGUUCCCGCCCCGCUGCCGACGCGGGGGUGCUCGGUCAUCGUGACAAUGCCCAUCGUGCCUUACGCGCACAAUGGAGGCGGCCAGGUGCCUUUCCGGGGGUUCCUCCCCUUGCUAUCCUCGCCCUCGCCCGUAUCUUCCUCCGUCGUCCCUUCAUACCCUCCGGCAGUGGUAUACGCCUCCGAUACUCCCGGCGAGAUCCCCAACGUCGCGCAGGACGCCUCCCACCGCCGUCUCCCGCCCACUAUCGAUAUCCCUAUAGACCAUCAUUCGCAUGAACAGCCAGCCGGAACAGCGCAUACGGCCUUUGUCCCUUCUGUUGGUGGGCUUUCCGAGGAGUCAGAUACGCAGAUGAAGGGCCGGAAACCAGCCAUUGCCGCCGCUGGUACAUUCUUCGGCCUCUUCUCCUUCUCGCAGAUAUACCAACACGCGAUAUUCCCGAGAAUUACCCCGCCCUCAGAGCGGGCAGAAGACAGGAGCUGGGUGCAGUCGUCACAUUCGUGGUUAGACAAGAAAGUCUGCAACUGGUUCGGCUUCUGUGGUCUGACGCAUCUGAACCGCGCCGGCUGGACUACCAAGAACAAGCAGAAGAAGGGAAAUGCGUUCUUUGCAAACAGCAAUGGACAAGAUAAGAUAGACCUUGGCGAGUUCUGGAGAAGUGCGCAAACGCUUCCUGAAGACUGGUCUGAGCAGGAACUCAAGGACCGUGAGAUACCUAGUUACGUCAUAGACCAUGCGCCAUUCAUUCAUCUCUACUCCGGCGAAGAAUAUUGGCCAUGCGAUAUGGCGGAUCACCUCUUCCACACCACUCCCCAUCUCAACUAUACGCCACUCCAGGCCGCCGAAGACCACCCGAAUCUGACGGACCUAGACGACCUGAAUAAAUGGGGCCGCUUCGUGUAUCUACAAAGCGAUGACAAUGUUGAAGACCGCCCGGAAUGGUUAGGAGGAGAGAGCAACAUUCCCGACGUUCCGGAAGAUUCAGAUCCGGACACAGAUGAGGGCAGUCGAACGGAUGGUCACUUUAGCGAGGACGAGGAAGGCGAGCGUUCAAGCUGGUGGGACGUCGGCAUAGGCGAUACCAAGGAAAGGGGAGGCAUUCGACCUACGGGGGCAACCAAUUCACGUGUUCCCGUACCGACUGAUACCCCGGAAGGUGAAGAAUGGGUUGACACUGAUGAUGAGACAUGGCAGCCGGAGCUUCUUCGUCGCAAGAUGCGUCGAGAGCUCGGCAAGAAAAUUGUUGGAGGCAGAAGUGAUGCGCCUGUAGUGCUCAUCGUUGUGCCGAAGGAGAACGGUGUUGUCGACGCUUUCUGGUUCUUCUUCUACAGCUACAAUCUCGGCAACGCCGUCUUCAAUGUGCGCUUUGGCAAUCAUGUGGGCGACUGGGAGCAUACCACCGUGCGGUUCCAGGACGGCGUGCCCAAGGCAGUUUUCUUCAGCGAGCACAGCUUCGGGGAAGCAUAUACUUGGGACGCUGUCGAGAAGAUUGGCAAGAGGCCUGUUGGAUACUCGGCCACGGGAACGCACGCAAUGUACGCAACGCCUGGUGUGCACCCUUACAUUUUACCGGGAGGCAUUCUUCACGACGUCACCGAUCGCGGCCCCUUAUGGGAUCCAACCUUGAACCUGUACUCUUUCACCUACGACUACCAGAAAGACAAUCUGCGAAGCUCCAACCUAACGCCGCAAGCGCCAACAGGAUGGUUCUACUUCAUGGGCCAUUGGGGCGACAAAUUCUACCCACUUAGCGAUCCGCGACAGUAUCGGUUCCUGGGGCAGUACCAUUACGUUAAUGGCCCUCUUGGUCCUCGUUUCAAGAACCUGGGUAGGAAGCAAAUCUGCCAAGGAAACCAGGAGUGUCUGUUGAAGAGGUGGGUUGGGGACAAGCGAGCACAUCCGCUUGUGAAGCGCUUUCCAAAUAUUGGAGAGGGCGAAGAGAUGAGCGAGGAGGACGUGCGACGGUUUGUCGGCCCGGACGCUGCAUGAUAGAAACGAUACACGAUAGACGACCACGUUCAUUAGCGAUGAUUUCACAUUUUAGGUACGCUCGUUUGCUUAUGGUAGGCGCUUUGGGAUUCGGAUCAGGAGUCGGACACGUUUGGAGGCGUUCCUUGACCGCCAAUGGAUGGGCGGAGUGAUACCAACUGCGGA